AUACAGAGAGCCAGUCUGAUAACUCAGCCCAGGAACCAGAUGAAAAGACUCACCUUGUCAAAGGUGUUGGCGGGAAAGCAGUUGCCAUGGUGAAUCCAUUAGUUGCAGAGCCCAAGAAUGUUCAGCAGCCGACUUCAGUGGUGGAGCUGGCACUGACCGCAUGCCUCCCUUACGGCCUGCAGUACAACACCACCACCCAGAGGGACGCCGGGCAGGGUAAGAUAACCAUCACCAUCCCGCUGGCCCAAAACCCGGGAGCAUCAUCGGCCAGCACUCACCCACAGCAGCAGCCACCGCUGGGAGCGUUUAGUGUCCUUUCGCCCAGCCAGUGUCCUCUGCAGCCCGCCAACACCACCACAGCCAACAAUCCCGUCAAAACAAACGCAAAGGCCUCCGUUACUGCCAACGCCCCUUCCAACUCGAGUUCCUGCAGUAGCCAAGUACCAGGACCUUGCCCCACAACUGUACCCACGCACACCCCGGGACCGGGGCCCCUGCCGCCCCCCGCAGUCACACACAGCACCGCUCAGAGUGAUUCCUUGUCCUACAUCAACAGCUCCAGCCUGCCAGUUACGCCACAGGCCAGCGGGAUGCAGCAGCAGGGGGGCUGCAACUCCUGUGGCUGCCGUGGAACCUGCGCGGGCAACAGCGCCCACCAGACACCCAGCUACUUCCUGCCGCCCCAGCCUGCCCGUCAGAUGUUCGGGCCACCACCCCCGUUCUUCCAUCUCCCUCCGUCUCUAUGCAACAGUUUCCCUGCCCAGGGUCACCAGAAUAAUGGGACGCCUCUGCCCUUCUACGCCCACACCGGUCCUCCUGCGGCGUUCCUACACGCUCACUCGGAUCACAUGCUGGCGUCACCGGCGGGAUACAGCCUGCCUCAGAUGCCCCCCUUCCGUCGCUUUUACCCACCUGUCUUUCCGCCGGUUGGCAUGAUGUCUAGCGGAACCAACAUGAAGAAGACCAACAAUGUGUCCUGCUAUAACUGCGGCAUGAGCGGACAUUACGCUCAAGACUGCAAGCAACUGUCCAUCGACGCCGGGCUGACAGGUGGUUUCCGGCUGAAGUAUGUUGCCCCAAACUCCUCAGAAGCACUAGAUAAAACCGAUUGACCGCAAACGGGACCAAAGCCCGGGCAGCCAGUGAUUCCAGAGACCCUUGAGAUAGAGUUCAGUUCUGUUCUGUUUGUGAGCAUCCUUGUCCAGAGAGCAAAAAAAAAAAAAAAGCCAAUGCAAAUGACACUUGACUGCAAGAUGAGUUGCUUAAACAUAAUGGGUUCUCUUAGAAAUUAAAUUAUAUUAAUGUUAUAGUUUAAAUAGGAUGGAUUGCAAGAUGAUUUUUGUUUUAGGUUCAGAAUAGUUUAUUGUUGUCAGAAGGAUUUUAUAUGAGCUGAUGUUCUCAUUCGCAGCGUCUGGCGAAGUUAAUGAGAAAAUUAAACUUGAGUCCUUUAGUGCAGUAUUUUUUUUUCUGACACGGGUGAAUCUUUAUAGGCUUUUAUACGUGCUACAGGAGAAAAUGACAAGAAAAGUACUUUAAAAAUUUUUUUGAAUAUUUUGGGAGUUUGUUUUGUUAUUAAAGAUAUGCUUGUUCUCUUGCUGAUAGUGGUUUAUAAUGAUGCUCUAGCAACAUUAUACACCGCUGGUUUGUCCUGUUCUCAUUCUGAACGCGAUGCACUACAACUGUUGUUCUCUGAAAAAUGUGAGUCAGGUGUUUCAAAUGCACUGAAAGAGCCAAAUCUGCAGUACUGCCUCUCAUUUACACGCUCUGACCACUAGAGUAGCUUCAGCCCUCACAGACUCAAGCGUGUUCAUAUAGGACACUCUGUGCUUUAAGUGUGGAGUCAGAUGAAAUCCUUCAGACAU